AGGUUAAGACGUCGUCCCACACGCCGGCGAUCAUGGUGAGUGCAAGUACAGUAGGGGCCGACUAGGUAGUAGCUAGGGGAGAACCAAUAAUGCCAUGGCCAACUCUAAAGUUUAGAGUUGAAUCGACUGGAAUUGUCGGUAACUUUGUCAGGAUUCAGGGGGCACCGUUCCUAGAGCUUAUAUUGGACAGUCGCCAAAACCUUCGCGGGAGAUCCCCAGUAGAUCCAAAGCCAUGGGGACUGCUGCUGGGGCUUGGGAAUCUGAGCUAUCUCAUCCCCACGGAAGUGCCGACGGACGCGAGCAUGUCUCGGUCCUUGGAUUUUCCUGGUCAGGACCGACUAUUUCCAGGUUCAUAUGGUGCCAUAAUUUCAUCAGUACUCUUUUUUCUUAUUAGUAGUAUUGGUAGAUCGGAUGGAAAGGGACUGAACCGAUGGCGGAUCCCGACCAGGUGGGUGAGCAGCAAGAGGUACUCGGUACUCCGUACUAAACGAUCGUUCCGGUGGGUGCUUGUCGAAACUCAAUUCGACCCUGGACUCUGGAGCCUGGGGAGACGGCCAUUAGGCUAUUUUUACAAUAGGCUCUAUCACACUGGGGAAAUGUGUUAUUUCUUCGGCUACCAAGCGGGAUCUGGGAUCUAGAUCGUCAGGUAUCCCUCGUUGACAGGCCGGUGGUGACGAUGAUGGUGAUUGUGACUGGUGACUGGUGACAGUUAUUCCUCCGGAGGCGG